ACCGAGAGGUAAUCACGUGAUAUCAACAUGACAUUUGGAAAAUUAUUUUCUCCCAGGGCGAAUUAAAGUGAUGUGAUUAAAAAAAUAGCUGCUUAAUAGUGCAUCGGCUAGCAAAGUAUAAAAGAAAAUUAUGCAAAUUAAAAAGUACAAAAUUUAAGACCUUUUCAACCUUUUUAAACCUCGUUGAUUUGUUUCAUAAUAUAUCUACAGGGGCACCUGUUUUCCCUUACAACAAUGGAAUAGCCCAUCAAUGAAAUGUAAUUUGAUAAGGGGCACUUUUUGAUGUUGUGUGUGUGUAGAUUCCCGAAGAUUCUACGCAAGAGUUUGUGCACGUAAGCCACUAUCCAACGUGGAACUUUCUGGUGAUUUCUCAGACCCUUCAUGUUACUUGGUACUGAAGUUGUCAUUCACUAUUAAACAAAUUGUUUAAAAAAAAACUAAGUUUUGAAGACUAACUCAGGAACAAUGACAAAUCAGAGGUAUUUGUUGUUGCUUAUUUGCGUGGCAUCAGUUGUUAGAUGUGAACUGUUUACAUCUUUGGCCCACAUGGAAAGAGCUUUAUUUGCAGAGAGAGAAAUUUCAUCAAGAAUAAAAGAAUAUGUGACAGAAGAAAAACAAAGACUGGAUGCACUUUCUAGGUUAGCCGAUGAGUUAGAGACACACAGUUCUAAAGCUUUAGAGAACGUAGAUUUUUACUUGGGGAACCCUGUCAAUGCCUAUCUGUUUGUCAAGAGAUUUACAGUUGAUUGGGAACGACAUAUUGAAGAUAUUUUGAAAUGGAAACCAAAUGAAGAAUUUCAUGAAAAAGUAACCAAAUUGAAAGAGUAUUUGCCAACCUAUGAAGAUUUAAAUGGAGCCGUAGCAGCCUUGUUGAGGCUUCAGGACACUUACAAAUUGGAAACAGAAAAAAUAGCAGCCGGAGAUAUAGCUGGUAUUAAAACAUCAGAACUGUCAGCUGUUGAUUGUCUAUAUGUUGGCAAGUAUGCAUACACCCAGAGUGACACAUACCAUUGUCAUAUGUGGUUGGAGGAAUCCCUUAAUAAAGAUAUGAAAGAAAUCAAUAAAACAGCCGAUCGAUCAGAAAUCCUGGAUUACCUAUCUUAUGUUACAAUGCUGCAAGGAAAUGUGAGACAUGCAUUAGAUCUGACAAACGAAUUGUUAACAUUAGUCCCAGGUCAUGACAGAGCUUUAAAUAAUAAAGAAUACUAUUUGAAAAUGAUAAGUGAGAAGGAAGAAAAGAUGGGGGAAACUGCAACGAUGGGAGAAGAUGCUUCUAUGGGAGAACAAGCAGCAGCAGAUGAGCCCUUGAAAAAUGAAAAAGGGAGGGAUGAAUAUAAAUCAACGGACGAGUUCAUUAUGUAUGAAAGGUUAUGUAGAGGAGAACAUACACAUGAUUACAAAGACCAACAUAAGUUAGUAUGUAGAUAUAAAACUAACAACGAUCCACUAUUGUUGAUAAAUCCAGCCAAAGAAGAGGAAAUUUAUCUUGAUCCUUAUCUUGUGGCUUAUCAUGAUGUUAUAUCAGAUUAUGAGCUGGCUGUUAUCAAAAGUAUUGCCACUCCAAAGCUUGGAAGAGCAACAGUGCAUAAUGCUAAAACAGGAAAAUUAGAAUUUGCUCAUUACAGAGUAAGCAAAAGUGCUUGGUUAAGACCUGAUGAUGACAUUGUUGUAGAAAGAGUGAACAGGAGAAUAUCUGCUGUCACGAAAUUAGAAAUGGAUACAGCUGAAGACCUACAGAUAGCUAAUUAUGGUAUAGGUGGACAUUAUGAACCUCAUUUUGAUUUUGCAAGGAAAGAAGAGUCUAAUGCUUUCAAAGGUUUGAAUACUGGCAAUAGGAUAGCAACAUGGUUGUCAUAUAUGAGUGAUGUUGAAGCAGGUGGAGCGACAGUCUUCCCAUAUAUUGGAGUUAAAAUAUUCCCUAAAAGGGGAAUGGCAGCAUUUUGGUAUAAUUUGUAUAAAAACGGAGAUGGUAUUUAUGACACACGGCAUGCUGCAUGUCCAGUUUUAGUUGGUACAAAAUGGGUGUCAAAUAAAUGGAUCCAUGAACGAGGACAGGAAUUCCGAAGACCAUGUGGUUUAGAAGAAGACGACUAAAGAAAAGACAAAAAGGGAGAUAAUUUAUGAAGAAAUUUGUGAUUCCAUUCAUUAACAAUCAUUAUAUAUGUAUAUAUAGAAUAAAUCACGAUUAUGCAUUGUUAUAGGAAAUUUUUUUUGCAAAUUUGAGUUAUUUGUAACACAUUGUUAUUAACUCUUUUCAAUCAAUUGAUUUUGAUACCACUCUUAUUUUAUACACAAACCUGCUUAGAAAGGAAUUGAGUUUUCUUUGAAAAUUUUUAGGUAGAAAUUGCUUAAAUUAGCCUGAAAAUAAUCUAUAAUCUUGCAAUUCAAUUUAUCGUUGCAGGUCUAUAUGAAUUCCAUAAAAAGAUUGAAGUCAGAUCUUGUUUGUUUAAAAUAUUGUUGCAUAUUAAAUUUACACGUAUUUUCAUUGAGUAGCAAGGAAAAUUAAUCUGCAGCUGCAAAAUGAAGAUUCUUUAUAAAUUAAGUAUGUUAUAAACUAAAUAAUUGUUAUUAUGAAAAAUAAUAAUUAUAUUUUAUUAUUACCUUUGCUAAGGAAAAGAAUAUAAUGUAGAGUAUUUUUUUCAUUUUUCCUGGUAGCUUUAUGUUAAGUCUUUUUUUACGGAACUGAAAUUAUAGGAUAUUAUCUUUUAAUGGGUGAAUAUAUCUUUGAAAGUUAUGAAAAGCCUUGCAUACAUUAUAUCACUUAGAGAUAUAUUUUACAAAUAAGAGACUGCUAAGUUUUGUGUUAUGCUUCAGAUCCAGACUAAUGCAUCAUCUUAGAAACACAUCUUUGAUAAUUAAACAAGACGGGGAUAAUUUGGGUUACCCUUGCAUAUAUUUUGUGCAUGAAUAACACUUGAAAGAUAUUUUUCUAAACAUGUAUUGUGUAGAGUCAUUAAAUUUGGUAUAAGGUCACAUCUAAAAAGGAUCCAACAGAAAAAUCUUUAAUAUUUUUAAACAUUUUGCAUUUGUCAAGAAUUUUUUAUUUUUGUACAGCAGUAAAAAUUGACAAGUGGAUACACCUGGGAUUUUAAUGACAAAUUUGCAACCUUGACCUUUAGUUAAUGCAUAAAUGAUUUCUUUCCAUCUUUGUUAAGCAAGAGAUCAAAUACACUGCAAAUAAAAUAAAACUUUUUGUAUUGAAAUAAGUUAGUUGUGUUAAAAUAUAUUUAAGUGCCUUGUUCACAAAAAGAACAUAAAACACACAUUUUUAAAAUCAACAUACACAAUAUUAUAGAUAAUGAAUUGUUAAAAUAUUUUUAACUGCUAUUUUAAAAUAAUAACAGAGAACCCUUUGUUUUCUCUUUGUUACUUGUGUUGCUUAAUUUGUCUGGUUGUAUACUUUUGUUUACAACUUUAAGUCUAAAUUAAAUGUCUUUUUGAUUCCUUUCCAUGUCACAAAGUGGAUUAAUUUUUAUUUCAAUAAAUGAUGUGUUAAAAACAAUUCUACAUUACUGGAAAAUAUUUUUCAUUGUUUCAUGUGUCCAGGGUUAUACUCUUGUAUCUCAUUUUUCAUUGGGCAGCAUUUAAAAUAUUCAUGACAUACAUUUCAUUAAUGAUGUCAUCAUAGUAGCCUGCUGGUAGGUGAAACAAAUUCUGGUUAUGGAAAUUUACUGUUUUUCUAUAAUUAAAGAUUCAUUAGUACAAACAAAGAAAUAGUAUACCCAUACUCAUGGAGUGUAUAGUAAACAGUAAUCACCCUGUCUGUCAGUCUGUUUAUAUGUUUUUGUCUAUUUGUAAAUUUCGUAGAUAUUUCUGACUAGAAACAAUUUGGUAUAUGUUGUGAACUUUAUCAAUACUUUACCAACUAUGGAUAGAAUUUUUAAUAAAUGUUUAAUAAUGAGUGGAGAUAGAAUCGGUUAAACAUUUGUAAUUUUUUUUUGUUUUUUUUUAUUGCAUAAGAAUUGCCAUCAUUGUAUAAUAUUGAUUGUUACAAAUUACUGUUAAAUGAUAAUUCCAAUAUGUUGCUGUUCAACUUAGUUUCAACUAUCACAUCUUUGAAAAUAUUGGUUAAGUUAACUUUAAAAUACAAAACAUUUAUACCUACCUUUCUUAUACAUGUAUAAUUUUUUAUUUGUUUUUAAUGACUUUAAAAGUAUCAUGACUUAGAUACAGCUUACUUUAUUAUAUUAAUAUAUAGUAUAGAAGAUUAUGUGUGUAGUAUUUUUAAUUUCUUACAUAUUGAAUACCAAAUAAUAUUUUUAAAUGUAUCUUUACUGUUUUAUUUCAGUGACUUGAACAUGUGUUGAUUUUUGACUUUGUUUCUAGCUUUAAUUCUACUAAAAUCCAGUUUUAUUCUAUUAGUUCUGUAGUUCAGUUUAUAUUUUCAUGUUCAGAUUGACUUGUACGGUACAUAUCUUCUGAUUUGUGUCCUAUUUAUAGGGCACAUGCUUUGUUAAAAACUAAUAUGUGAUAUCAAACUCUAUCAUGUUUUAUCAUUCAUUUCACCAAAUUGUAUUUAGCUGUAUGGAAAGUUUCAUGUUGAUAGUUUUGAUGUUCAAAAACAAACAUUUAAUAGGUUGUUGUUCGGUGUGAGCCAAGGCUCUGUGUUAAAGGCCAUACUUUAACCUAUAAUGGUUUACUUUUUAAAUUGUUAUUUGGAUGGAGAGUUGUCCCAUUGGCACUCACACCACAUCUUCCUAUAUUUAUUUAAAACAAAAACAGAUUCUCUGUAUUAAAGUGAAUUUAAAAACUGAGCAUUUGUAUGAAUAUCUUUGUCUAUAAACUUUUAAAAUCUACAGAGUUUGAUAUGAACCAUGGUAUAUAUAGUAGUUUUACUAAAGAUUUAAAUGAUUUUAUAAAUGCUGAUACAUCUUAUGUUAAAUAUGAUAAUCAGAAAACUGUGUUCUAAAACUAACACUUUAAAAUAAAAAAUACAUGUUUUUUUUUUAGGAAUUUAGGAUCUAUUAUAUGAACUUUUGGUUAUCACUGACUUUAAACUUAUGAAAUCUACAAAGUUUGCUAUGAAUCCUGAUAUAUAUAGUAGUUAUAGUGAACAUAUUAAUGCUUUUAUAAAUCCUGAUAUAUCUUAUGUUAAAUAUGAUAAUCAGACAAUAACUGUAAUGUAUUUUUAUAUUGUAUGUGUAUAUAAAUGUUUUGGAAAAUCUAUCAGUCCUUUAACAAUUGAGUUUUAUUCUUUUGUUAUAUCAGCUUUACCUCUGAAUAAUUUGUGCCAUUCAAAAUAAUUUAGAAAAACAAUCUUGCCUUUAUUCUAAUAAAUCCAUUAAGUAAUAAAUUGUGCCAUAGUAAAAUAAAUCUUUAUUUGUCAAUGCUUUUAUCAGAACUGUCAUCUACCCAAAAAUGUUGCUUUUGAAUUGAGAGGAAAUAGUUCAAGUUUCAUCUUUAUGUAUAUAUAUUUGUAUGAUAAUUUUGUUCACUUUUAUAACACAUGAUCCAGUUUGAGUAUCUCCAUCUUUAAUAAAAAUGACAACUGCCAUUGAAACAUUUCUAAGAUAUAAAAAAAUUUCAAUCAUAAUUUUGAUGAAACAAUAUGUUAAAAGUAAAAUUAACUGUAGGUGUAGCAUUUCAUUAAUAGAUACCAUUAUUUGCCAUGAGGCAGAAAAAGAUGUUGAGAUUUUCAAUGUCAUAAUAUUUUGAAUACUCAUCUUCACUUAAAAAAAUGUCCCUUUACUUUUAUAAUCUCUAAAUUUUACAUUGACUGUUUUAAUGCCCCCUUUCCUUUAUAAUCUCUGAAUUUUACAUUGACUGUAAAAAUGUCUCCUUACUUUUAUAAUCUCUAAAUUUUACACUAUCUGUUUAUGUUUCGUAUAUAUUGUUGAGUUUGUUAUGAAUUGUGUUUGUUCAUAUUGAAUCUCUGAUCAAAGAUCUAUAAAAAUGUUCACCAAAGAUAAAUCAUUAUUAAACAUGUGUUUUAUUUAUAUUGACCAAUGCCUAGGAAAUACAAAUACCAACGUAUAGAGGAGAGAAAAAUCAUUGUGCAUGAUACAAAGAAGGAAACAUUAACUCAGGGUCAAGAUUGCAUAAUAGUUGUUUUAUGAGUAAAAGAAGAGGUAUUAAGAUUAAACCUGGACACAAAUUGAUAAAAAGCAAAAAGGGUACACCAAGAGAAAUAAAAGCUUUAUUGCUCCUUGUUAAUUUUUUAUCUAACUACCCAGGGUGUCAUUGAGUAGAAUUAUUGGAAAAGUUUUUACAUUAAUUUAUUAAUCUGACAAUUUCUUACAUAAUUGUUUAAAGUUUAAGAAAAAAAUUACAUACUUAAUUAUUGAUUUAUGACAUUAAGGAUACAAAAGAAAAAAGUGUUUAUUAUUGCAUUUUCCUUUAACAAUGCAUAUUGGUUUCUUCUUUUUUUUUUUUUUUUAAGUUUUUAUGUUACUUUUUUUAUAACUUUUCAGUAGUGCUUCAUUUCUCUAUUUAAAAGCUUUAUAUUGCACAUAAUAUGGGCAGAAAUUUUGAAAUAAUACACCUCAUAUUUGAAGCCUGCAUGCAAAGUUGUAAUUUAUAGGAGAUAAAUGCACUUUUUCUAAUAUUUGAAGCACUUUUGUAGUGUAAUUUCUUUUAUAGCCAGUUAAUGCAUGAUUAUAUAAGGCAAUGACUACAAUUUCCAGCUGCAUGCUGUCACAUAAGUUAGUACUAGAAAUCAUAAAUUGAAAUGAAAAUAUAAGUGCAAUUAGUGAUAAGCAAUUACCAACCAUAUAAAAAGCUAACUAUAUCUGUGUAAGCAAUAUUUUCAAGAAAAAUUUGAAAGAACUAAUAAUGUAUAGAUAAAAAGUAUUUGAUUUUACUUAAAAGUUAAAUUUUUAGCACAACAAAAUAUUAGUUGAGAACAAGGGUGAUUAAAGAAUAAGAAAUGAUUUCCAUGCAAAAUUACAUUUGUUACAUAUUUGGUAAUAGUAUUAUAGUGUAUGGAGUAGAAAACAUCUAUAAUGGACAGAUAAUAGCGACAUUCAGUUAAAUUAUCACACAUGAAUGUAUUGUUACCAACAUUUUUCUGUGAUACCAAUGUUGAAAUAUUAAAUGACAAUUGUUAUUGAUUUAAAUAAAUGUCAAUUUUUUUAAUGAAUUAUGUUUGGAACAUCCAAGGUGAUAUUAUUUUGUAAUAAAAUGUUGACAAGCAUUGCAAAAUGA